AAAGCAAUAGCCAAAGGGGAUGCCAGUGAGGUGUGGCUUGCAUUUAAAUAUCCAAUAUGUCAAUGUAAGGGGAGUGUGUACGUAUAUAAAGUGCAGUUUGCAUCCGACGGCGGGACACAUCCAGCUAUGGGAGGCGCGGGGAGCGCGGGGCCGGGCCGGGGCCGGCAGCGCGGGGCCGGGCGGCCGCAGCCCGCGCUCUGAGGGGCCGCUGCGCUCUGAGGGGCCGCUCCGCUCCUCCGCGCCGGGCCCGCCCGCGGGCCGCGGCCCCAUGGCCGAGGUGGGCGGCUUCCUGGGCGCCCUGGACCCCGACCUGCACGGCUUCCCCCCCGCGCUGGGCGGCGGGCUGCCCCUCGCCGACUCCCCCGGCUUCCUCAACGAGCGCCUGGGGCAGAUCGAGGGGCGGUUGCAGCGGGGUUCCCCCACCGACUUCGCUCACCUCAAGGGCAUCCUGCGGCGGCGGCAGCUCUACUGCCGCACCGGCUUCCACCUGGAGAUCUUCCCCAACGGCACGGUGCAGGGCACCCGGCAGGACCACAGCCGCUUCGGGAUUUUGGAGUUUAUUAGCCUGGCAGUGGGGCUGGUGAGCAUCCGUGGGGUGGACUCAGGACUCUACCUCGGCAUGAAUGAGAGAGGCGAGCUGUAUGGGUCGAAGAAGCUCACACGGGAGUGCGUUUUCCGAGAGCAGUUUGAAGAGAAUUGGUACAACACGUACGCCUCGACCCUCUACAAGCAUCCUGACUCGGAGAGGCAUUACUACGUGGCUCUGAACAAGGACGGCUCCCCCCGAGAGGGGUACAGGACUAAGAGACAUCAGAAAUUCACUCAUUUUUUACCCAGGCCUGUGGACCCUGCCAAAAUACCUGCGAUGUACAGAGACCUCUUCCACUACAGGUGAUGUUUCCUGCAGCUGCCCCGUCAGUGUACAUACUAGGGCUCCCAAGCUUUUUCCCAGAGCACUAUAUUAAUAGUCAUUCCAUCAUUCCUGUAAGCAUAGAUGACGUAGGAAAGCACUUACAUUGAAUUCAGACACUGCUGUUCCUCCUUGUUUCAAGCGUAUAUCGAACCUGGGUUAUUUAUGGGGGUGGGGGUAGGGAAAGGGAGGGAACCCUACAUAUAAUCUUUCGUUUUCAUUCACUUUCUUUACCCGGUUGCUACAAGAGAGGUCAAAUAUUCAAUGUUAUGGUUGCUUAAAGGAACCAGCAGGCGAGCAAACCUGAUCACCAGGGGGUAAAAAAACCAAAACUAAAAACGAAGAGAAGGAAAGAAAACAAAAGGCCACGGAAUUGCUGCAGAUGCUGCUGCUAAGCUCGGGAUGGUUACCUGCUAAGAAAAAGCCUUUCGAAUGGUACCGUGCUUAAGCAGCCCGGGAGUUUGCUACAUGGAUGAUGCUACAUGGACUGGUCCUGAUGCGUGGGGUUUUUCCUGCUGUUGGGGUGGGAAUGGGGCGAGGAACAUUAUUCAGAUGUAAGCAUGGAUACUGUGCAUAAGGACAAAACUAUUUAUAAAAUGUAUAUGAUAUUUAUUUUAUAUAUUUAUUUAUUUCAAAAUAAUUUUAUUUUUAAUGAGAGAUGCUAUGACCGGAUUUUCAUCAGGAAGAAUAAGGUCCUACUGAAACAGGAAAAAAAAAAUGAGU